AUGUUAAAGAGAAUUUCAAUUAUUGGCAACAGAUCUUCAGCCUUGUAUCACCACCACCAUCAAUUCGCUUCUUCUGCUUGUUCCUAUCACACAAGCCAAACCCUCUCCGAUGUUACCAGAAGAGUGAGCGUUAAACCAACAACAACAACUUCAUCCUCUUCAUCAUCAAAUAGUGAUACUCCUUCUUAUUCAUCAUCAUCAAAUUCUUCAUACAAAAAGACAAAUGUAUCUUCAAAGCCAGCACCUUCUCAAGAAGAAGGACAAACUUUCCAAAUUAGAGGAUCAGUCAAUUCUGUUCAUCUUAUUGGUACUCUUGCUUCUGAUGCUGUUAUAAAGGAAAUUGCAAAUGGUGGAACUUUUACUGGUUUGACUGUUGUUACCUCGGAGAGAAUUAAGAAGGGUGAAAAUAUUGAAGAACAAUCUACAUUCCACAGUGUAGUUUCCUUCAAUCCAGUUUUGGCAAAGGUUGCCACUAAAUUCUUCAAGAAGGGUGUCAUUGUCUCUAUUAGAGGUUCAUUGAAAUAUAGAGAAGUUGAAAAGGAUGGUGUUAAGCAUGUUACUUCAAAGGUUGUUGUUGAUGAUUUCAAUGAUGCCAAAGUUAUUUAUGGUAAAUUUACUAAGGAAUAA